CAGACCUCCUCUCCAGUCGGUGGAGAGUCAGGAGGCGAACAAGCCUGGCGGUUGUUGAGGAGGCUGUGAGCCGCAAAUCCUUCGUAACCGAUGCGUUAUCCGGUCCCCGUGGAUGUGUUUUCCCCUUUGUAGUUGCCCGUGGCCGUCGUGCGUCGCUCGGCGAAGGAACGGACUUAAAGGGUCGACCAACACAGUCGUCGGUCUGAUAGAGCAGCUUCGUUAGCCGUGCUGUACUAGCCUGCUAACACUACACGGACUUGGCUUGGGUUGCCCUGUAGAUGCUAACGUUGGUUAGCUGGGCUGGCUAACGUGCUAGCCCCUGUAAGUAAACUUGAUGCAAACGCCGACUGCUGCUGGUGGCAAAACCAAGGGACGAAGGAGGAGCGCUACAUACCUCAUCUGAUCCUCCAGUGUUAGCUUCUGUAAGCUCCAAGGGAUACCUCUGCUUGGAUACACCACCCAAAGGAACCAGCGGAGCGGCCUGCUGUCUUUGAUCGUCCCCAAAUUCCUGAGGUGAAGUUAUUAGGAGGUGGCUGCGGGACAUCUCUCUUUGGAUAGGACAUCUUUCAAGCAGGCAUCCACUUGGCCUCCCACCUCCGCUGCCCCUGGCUCAGUCGGCGGCUCAGCAACACUUCAAAGGGGGAGGUCUGCGGCACUGCAGAUAACGCCAGCUGCCCCUAAGCUUCUCCAGAGCCCCUACGCAGUUCCUCAACUGACAGAAUGUCAAGACCUUCUCCUCAGACAGCCUAGCGAAGGUCCAGGAGGUAGCAAGCUGGCUUUUGGAAAUGAACCAGGAUCUGCUGUCGGGGGGCAGCAGCAGCAGGCGGAGUCGGGCGCCGGGGGGUCCGGCAGUGCGAGGUAACGCCUCCUCCACAGCCCGGGCACCCCAGCAGCCAGCAGAGGAUGGUGACGAGGAUGAACACAUGAACCAGGUAGUGGAGGAGGAGGAGGAGCAGCUGCAACAGAGGCCUGAGGCAUCACAAGUUGAUGGCGAAGGAGAACAACCGUGGGCACCCACCGAGUCGGGAGCCAGCAAUGGCCCUCGGGAAGCGGAGGAAGAAGAUGGAGAGGCCCCACCAAACGAAGUGAACGGAGGGGAGAAAGGAGCCCGAUGGAUGUGGGGGGCACAGCAGAGGCGGCUGCGUGGACAGCCGCUGGAGGACGAGGAGGAGGACGAAGAGGAGGAGAACAAUAAUAGCAGUAGCCACCAAGAAGAGGAGGAGACGGAGGAGAGGACAGAGGGAGGGGAGGAGCAGGAGAGGGAAGAGGUUGAGGAGGAAGAGGAGGAUGAGGACGAGGAAGAGAUGGACCAAGACAGUGAUGACUUUGAACAUUCAGUGGAGAGUGGGAGGGAGGAGGAGGAGGAUGAGGAAGGACAAGGGGAGGAAGGGCUACGGUCUCCCCCUCUCAGGAACAAUGUGUCUGCCCCCAACAACAACCCGGACUCGGGUUGUACACACCAAAGCUCUUCCAACAACAAGAUGAAGAGGAAGUUGGACCAUGGCCCAGAGGUCCGAUCUUUCCCUACAGGAAAAAAGCCCUGCAAAGGCCCCGAGUAUCCAAGCCCUACAGGAAUUGUCCCGUGUCCUGCCACACCCACCACAUUUGGCCACAUCAGAACAGCUAAUGGUCAGGGGCAGCAGAGACGGCGCAUCACCUCAAUCCAGCCACCCACGGGUCUCCAAGAAUGGCUCCGAACAUUUCAGAGCUGGACCGGCCCAGAGAAGCUGCUGGCGCUGGAUGAGUUGAUUGACAGCUGUGAGCCCACACAAGUCAAGCAUAUGAUGCAGGUGAUAGAGCCGCAGUUUCAGCGAGACUUUAUCUCCCUGCUGCCCAAAGAGCUGGCUUUGUAUGUGCUGUCGUUCCUGGAACCGAAGGACCUCCUCCAGGCAGCGCAGACGUGUCGCUACUGGCGCAUCCUGGCAGAGGACAACCUGCUGUGGCGCGAGAAAUGCAGGGAGGAAGGCAUCGAUGAGCCUCUGCCCCUCAAGAAGAGGAAAAUCGUCAAGCCUGGCUUCACUCACAGUCCCUGGAAGAGUGCCUACAUCAGGCAGCACAGAAUAGACACUAACUGGAGGAGAGGAGACCUCAAAUCACCCAAGGUGCUGAAAGGUCACGACGACCACGUGAUCACCUGCCUCCAGUUCUGUGGCAACCGGAUCGUCAGCGGUUCCGAUGACAACACGCUGAAAGUCUGGUCGGCGAUCACAGGAAAGUGUCUGCGGACGUUGGUGGGCCACACGGGAGGCGUGUGGUCAUCCCAGAUGCGCGACAACAUCAUCAUCAGCGGCUCCACCGAUCGCACACUCAAAGUCUGGAACGCAGAGACAGGAGAAUGUAUCCACACCCUCUACGGGCAUACCUCAACCGUGCGCUGCAUGCACCUACACGAGAAAAGGGUGGUCAGUGGCUCUCGCGAUGCUACGCUACGCGUCUGGGACAUCGAGACGGGUCAGUGUUUACACGUCCUCAUGGGCCACGUGGCGGCGGUGCGCUGCGUCCAGUACGACGGGCGGCGGGUGGUCAGCGGUGCCUACGACUUCAUGGUCAAAGUGUGGGACCCCGAGACGGAGACCUGCCUCCACACACUGCAGGGCCACACCAACAGAGUGUACUCGUUACAGUUUGACGGGAUCCACGUGGUGAGCGGCUCGUUGGACACGUCCAUAAGGGUCUGGGACGUGGAGACGGGGAACUGCAUCCACACGCUGACGGGCCACCAGUCGCUCACCAGCGGCAUGGAGCUCAAGGACAACAUCCUGGUUUCGGGCAACGCGGACUCCACCGUCAAGAUAUGGGACAUCAAGACGGGCCAGUGCCUGCAAACACUGCAAGGUCCCCACAAGCACCAGAGCGCCGUCACGUGCCUCCAGUUCAACAAGAACUUCGUCAUCACCAGCUCGGACGACGGCACGGUCAAGCUGUGGGACCUGAAGACGGGCGAGUUCAUCCGCAACCUGGUGACGCUGGAGAGCGGGGGCAGCGGGGGGGUGGUGUGGCGCAUCCGGGCCUCCAACACCAAGCUGGUGUGCGCGGUGGGCAGCCGCAACGGCACCGAGGAGACCAAGCUGCUGGUGCUGGACUUCGACGUGGACAUGAAGUGAGCGGGGCCGACGCGGUGGAGAAGGAAAGAGAGCGGAGCGCAGAGAGGAAGGAGCAGAGGAGGGAGGCGGGACGGAAGGCCCAGCCCCCACGGCUCGCAGCACCCCCACGGCGCCAGGCCACGCCCCCACCGCGGCCAGGCCCCGCCCCCAACACCACCCUCCCUGUCUCUCACGGCCACAGACCCUCACACGCGCUCACCCCCUGCUUCUGAACCCCGUCACCAGUACGAGGCGCUGGGAACGGGGCCGACCAGUACGUCCCCCCAGCAGGCAGGAAGCGACGAGAGCAGGAAAGGAGCGACCGAACGCCUUUCAGUUCUGGGAUCCCGUCGCAGAGACUUGGUUUUAUUCAAGCCUGACAGAUUUUGACAUGUACAGAGAUAUUAUUUUUUAAAGACCCCCCCCCCCCCCCCAAACACACACACACACACACACACACACACACACACUGUCCCACCCGUAUGCGCUCACAAACUCGCUGACGGCCGACUGGAACGUGGGAACACAGGAAGGAGGGAGACGUUCAGAGCUGCUCGUUGUAGAGAAGUGAUGGGAGGCUGGCGUCUGUACCCGGGCUCCUUUCUUGUCACUCAUUUCCGUUCUUGUUGUUCUCCACUCGGUUUCCGUAGUUUGAUUUCUUUACACUAUCGCACACAAACACAACUGUGAAUUUCAGCCCCUUUUUGUUUUAUCGCAUCAAAGCGGUUCCGCCUUUGUUUUUGUCCCCCCUCUUUUCUUGCUGUUGCCAACGGCAACAAAUCCCAGUAUUAGAAACCUCCUCUGUUUAGGUUUGCUGUCAUUAUUUCACCAGGUUUUUUUUGUUGUUGUUGCUUUUUAUUUGAGUUGUUUGUUCUUCCUGUUUUCUACGUACUUGGGUUCGGAGCUCCGUCUCCGCGCAAACGUCAGUGCUGUCCAGAUUCUUUCAGUCUAACUGGGGAGGUUUCCACCAAGACGGUGCUGCGGUGAGAAGAAGUCCUCGAAGCACUGUGGAUUAAUGCCCCUGAACACCCCUCCGACCCCUUCCCCUCUGUUUUUCCCCAGUGGCCAAACUGUAUUUAUGCUGCUAGAUGAACAGAAAAAAAAAGAAAACGAGAUGGAACUUUUACUUGCUGUGACGUUUUAGUCCCAGGCGAAAUUCCAAAUUGAACUGUGUUUGGACUUAAAGAAUCGAAAGACGAACAUCCUACGUUUUUGUUUGUUUUUGCCACUGAAACUUGAGCCAAACGUGCCUCUACGAGGCUGAGAAGAGGGAGCGCGUCCGACAGAUCGUAAUGGGAUCGUAACGGGAUCGCCGGCAGGGAGGAGACGGGGGAGGGGGGGGGGGGGGGGGUACACUGUUGGCGUGCGUGUGUUUGCGUGCAUGAGUGCCUGUGUUAGCGUGUUAAUGGGCAACGUGUAAACACAUUCCUUGGGACAAAAGGUCUGUUCAGCCUGUUCUACGGGGAAAUGUACAAAUGCUGUGCGAACUGGCAAAAACUAGCAGAUGUAUUGAUUUUAAUACGCGAAUGAACGAACUGUCCGUAUCCGUGUGCGACUGUUGUUUCCAUUCAAAGAUGUCUGAAGCAACAGAGGAGACCAUCACAAGCAUCGACCCGACUGGUCGUGGUGUUACACGCGACGCUGGUGGAACCGCUGGACCGUCAGCGGGGGGGAAGGACUCAAAACAACUAAACCGGCGACAAACGUGGACAGAAACACUGUAGCCAAAUGAAAACCGUCUCAAUCUCCAAGAGUCACAACUCAAGCUGAACUGUGAAAGUGGUGUAACACUGUAUAUUAAAAAAAAAAGAAAAGACAAAAAUCUUGCGCUAUCUCCUCUCGUUGUUUUCUCCCUCUGUUUUAAUUUAUGAUCUGGUUUGAGAAAUCAGAUUUGUUGCAGGUGUUUUAUUUUUUCAGUUCAUGUAAACUGCCUGGCAAAGAAAACAGACAGAAAAAAACCUUAAAGGGAUUGUGUAUUGUUUGAUUCACUUAGAUUUUUAUUUUCUUAUAACUUAAGUGCAAUAAAAUGUGGGUUUUCUUUUUUCAUUUCAAGCAUAUCCGUUGUCUGUUUUUGUUACAUGUGUGAAGGCAUCUUAUAUGUUCAAUAAAGCAAAUUAUUUGAUUAAUAUUA